GAGUACGAUCGAAGGCUUUACGAAACGUUAUAUAUAUGUAUAUACCAUUAACAGUAAUAUCCAUCAUAUCGAAAACUAUUUCGAAAGACAAUGGAAUUUUUGGAAAAACAAAUGUAUCCCUGAUUUUUUUUAUGCAUGUUGGUAACUCAAUUGAAUAAUCGUAAAGAAACAAUAGCUUAAAUUAUAAAAGUGUGUUUUUACCCAAGUAUUCACUACUAGUGUUAUAAAAUAACGCUAUUGCUAGUACUAUCGUUGGUUAGGUUUGCCGUUUAUCGCUAUGUAUUGUCCAGUAUUAUGAUUACUGUACCGUAGUGUGUACUUUGGCUACAAAGUUCACUGUUUUAAAACACUUGAAGUUGAACUGAGAAGACCCAUACAUUUCCUUAUAUUCUGGUAAUGUCGAAUGAGAGUGAAAGCAGUGAUGAGAGUGAUAGAAAUAUCCGUUUAAAAGAAUCGAUUGAUCCGAAUUUUUUUCCUCUGACGUGUUUAGGAUCUGAAGAUCAGAAACGGAACAGGAACGUCCAAAAUAAAGUUUUUAAAUUAAGAAAAGAAUUUCCCGCCGUCUGUAGAGAUAACGAAGAAAACGGUUUCGACAUAAGUGAUGGCUGUCGAUCGUACAUGGCAAAGCAGUUAGCUUCUUUGAUUGACAGUACACUGAAGGAAAAACCUAGAAAAUUAAACUGGAAAGAAGAAAAUGACUUAACAAAUCAAGGAAUUUAUUUAUUUGCCGAUUCAAACACGGCCUUGUGUGAUGUGGAAGAAACAACAAAUAACUUAAGUAUUCCUCAAGCAUUAAAGAGACGUUUGGCAAGCAGGUAUUAUAGCCAGUAGAUAUAACUUUAUUUUCUACGAAUUAUCUUUUUUUUUUCGAGGAUAAAUUUAAGUUUUUUUUAUUGUAUCAAAGGAACAGUCUUUGUUGUAUAAUAUUCCAAAAUAAUUGUUUCCUCCAAUAUAGACCUCUUAAGCAUUGUUUUAUGUUAAGUGAAAAGCCAUAUCUCUUAAUCUACAACAGUUACCCUGAUAUCUUGAAGAAACUGUGUUAAAGCUAGAGAAGAAUUGGUAGUGUAAUAUCCCAUUAGAAAAAAAAAUUGAGUUUUCUUUGAAAUUAGGAAAACUUUAGCUUUGUCCUGGCCAUUUUUAAGUGAGAAUUACACAACUCGGAAAGAUAAUUUUUUAUUGGUUUUUCUUUUUUUCAGAAGCCUUGACUUCAUCACUAGAUUUUCUUUUAAGAGUAUUAAAUACAAAGUCAUUUUAAAAUAUUUAACGAGCUUUACAGUGGUAUUAUUGAUAGCCUUCUGCAUUAAAAUGAUUAAACUAGCAUCUUAUGAAACACCUACACCCUCACUAAUGUUUAAGUCUCUCCCCCCCCCCAUUUGAUGAUG